AUGUAUCUCAUUCUGUUGAUUAUCUGCUUAUCUGUUAAAUUCCAUCUGUUCAUUAUCUAUCUAUCUAUCUAUCUAUCUAUCUAUCUAUCUAUCUAUCUAUCUAUCCAAUUCUGUGGUGGGACCUGGAUGCUAAUCUCUCUAUUUCUUCCAUUCUGUUCACUAUCUAUCUAUCUAUCUAUCUAUCUAUCUAUCUAUCUAUCUAUCUCAGUCUGGUCAAAUCUAUCUAUCUAUCUAUUAGGUUGGUGCAAAAAUAAUGACGUAAUAAUGUCGUUUUUGUCGUUAAAAAAUACAUCAAAAAACGACAUUAUUACGUCAUUAUUUUUGCACCAACCUAAUAUCUAUCUAUCUAUCUAUCUUUCUAUCUAUCUCAUUCUGUUCAUUAUCUAUCCAUCUAUCUAUCUAUCUAUCUAUCUAUCUAUCUAUCUAUCUAUCUAUCUAUCUCAUUCUGUUCAUUAUCGAUCUAUCUAUCUGUCGAUCUAUCUAUAUAUCUAUCUACCUUAUUCUUUUUCCACUCUGCCCAUUAUCUCUCUAUCUAGUUCUGUUCAUAUCUAUCUAUCUAUCUAUCUAUCUAUCUAUCUAUCUAUCUAUCUAUCUAUCUAUCUCAGUCUGGUCAAAUCUAUCUAUCUAUCUAUCUAUCUAUCUAUCUAUUAG